GCCCUGACUCGAGACCCUUUAAAGAGAUGACUUGCAUCUCGUCGCGCGGAUCCAUGGGAUAAGAGCUGUUCUUCUACAGAUCGCUUUGAAGGAGCUCUACCCAUCGACCUGCACAUCUCGAGUAUCCCAGCGUGCCCAGCUUCUACGCAUCUACCUCAGGCAUACAGCACUGCUUCGUUACACUACACACACGUCAGGCCGCGCAUCCCGGAGCAUUGGCAGAGUCGCACAGCAGCGCCAGCCACACUCGGCGUCCGAAGCUUUCCCUCGACCAUCGCGUUUCGUCUUGACCACCUCCGAGAGCUUCACCCUCCGAGCUUCUCUGAUUUAGACCACUUCGCGACCGCUCGCCAGAUCGCGCGUCUCUUCUCGCCAGCAUGGACGACGCGCACAAGAUCUCAAUCACCGUCUGCGGCGACGGAGGCUGCGGCAAGUCCUCUAUCACACUGCGACUUGUGCGCAGCCAAUGGACACAUGAAUACGACCCCACAAUCGAGGACUCCUACUCCGUAACCCGCACAAUCGAUGGCACAACCUACUCCCUCGCUCUGACCGACACGGCCGGACAAGAAGAGUACCGCGGCCUAUGGUCGUCUUCAAAUCUCAAUUCUGAUGCCUUCCUCCUCGUGUAUGAUAUCACGCAACAGCCGACGCUCGACUCGCUGGAAUAUUUCAAUCAGCUCAUCGAAAUGGAGCGCGAGAAUCGUAUCGAAAGAGGAGCAUCACUGCCGGUGUGCAUUGUGGCUGGCAAUAAGUGCGAUCUACAAGGGAUGAGACAAGUUGGCGCAAGAGAUGGUCUGGAUUGGGCGAGACGUAGAGGAUAUGGGUUCAUGGAGACCAGUGCGAGGGAAAUGGUCAACAUUGAGGAGACAUUCGCGCUGCUCGUAAGAAGAGUCGUCGGCGCCCGACGCCAACAUCUCGAGGGCAUAAUUCCGAAUCUCCCCUCUUCCACAGCACGCACACGACCGCUGGAGCCGGUCGACACGAAUGGCGACGAGAAGGCGGCAUCGCCGAGUCCGCAGUGGGAUUACCCGGAAUCAUUGAGGACGAGAAAAUGGUGGCAUAAAUUCUUGUGUUGGAAAUGA